CCAGUUUCUGUGCGCACAGGACGCUCACCCACAGCCACAUCGCAGCCACAGCCACAUUGAAAGCGAAGAGGUACGCCUUCUUCAUCCCCAGUCUACAAUGCACCAACUCAAUAAAUCACAACAUCAAAGCGACAACCAUAGCAACGACGAGCAGAGUCGCACUCACGAGUAACUCCCAGUGGAGCCAAAGCACAACACCAUUGGCCACUCCAUAAACCACGUCCAGCUGUGAGCAAUAGGGCUCGACACUGACUCCAUCUUCCAUCAUAGCCCUUAUGGUGAAGUAGCUCAUGCCAAAUAGCGCAACAAAGAUGACGACUACCAGGUCGUUGAUCUGGGCAAUGGCACCGACCGCCCAGUCAGGAAGCGUCUGAGCCAGAUUGGGGCCAUGAUAGCGUCGAAGCAGGUGAAAAAUCCACAGCUCCGUAGCGGCCACAAGCAAACGAUGGAUGCCUGCCCACAAGAAGCCCCGCUGCCUCUUGUUCUUUUCCGUCCUUUUCGCGCAGAAGAACCGCCUCCAUCCCCUCGGCUCCUUCUGGGCCUCAGUAGUGUCACUCUCGUCGACUGUAAGCACCACUGACGGCACGGCAGCACUCACAGCAGGCGGUGGCGGUGGCAAGGCAAUGCGGUAGUUCGGGCGUGGGCAAGGGGUCUCCUGAAACAGCGGGAAUCCCGAUAUGCCGGCCUCACCUAUAGCGACACACACACACACACACACACGUGCGCGCGCACACAGAGGACAGUGAUUUCUGAUACAUGUCGUUUGUCUGCGUGUGUGCUGUGCUCGACCAUUGGUGUGAAUCCAGUAGCGGCCCUGGUCUUUCACAGCACUGGGGUCGACCGUCCCUCUCGUCGCCAGGUCCACCAUAGUGAAAUUGACACCCGGUGGGAUGUGGAAAAACGUAACGAUCUCGUUUGUCCAAUGUCCCUUUGGAGCCGUUCAACAUUGACCAUGGUAAAGAAUCUGCACACGCACACACGCACACACGCACACAGAGAGAGAGAGUGGACGCAACGCAGAGAAGCAACCCGUGUUGGCUUGCCUGAGCAGGGGUUUGCAGGUGAUCAAAACUGAGGCACACACACAGGCACGCAGCUGUCACCAGGCUUUGUACGCGUCAGCUGCACGUCCGCUUCUCCUUCUUCCUGCG